ACCGUCAACAUGAGCAUCAGCACUUUCAACUUCCAGUUCUACAACUACAAGCUGAGCCCGUCCUCACCGGGAUUCGUCAGCACAGCCUCCCGUUCCUCCUCCUCCUGCAUCAGCGAACUGGAAAUGGACAUUGACGAGGACAUGUCCGCCCAGCCCACCAUCACCUCCACGCCCAAGCCGCGCUUCACCACCCAACUGGCCGUGGAACUGGCCAAAACGGAGCCGGGUAAUGGCAUAUCCCCACUGCGACCCAAAUUACAUACGGCCCAGAAACGCUGGUCCAUGGAGCUGAGGGAAAAAGUGCUGGAAAUGUCCAAGCGAAAUAAUGGCCAGGAGAAACCACAAACCGCAGGGCAACAGGAACACCAACAGCCACAGGAACAGCCACUGCAACAGGAGGAACUGCAGCAUCAGCAGCAGGAACCCACUGUCACCGACAAAAUCAACUUCUUCAACAAGCUGACCAACACCUUUGAGUCGGGUUUCAGCAAGCUGAUGCCACAAGCUAGCUCCACCAACAACCGCUUCAUAGCCAUGUUGCGCACCGCCCGUCCUCAGAACGUUGCCACCACCACCGCCAACAGCAGCACCGCCAACAGUUUCCUGGGCAGCGACCACAGUCUCAGUGGUUCCGUGACCGGUCAAGUGCCACCACCCAAGCCCAAGAGACUGGCGGCCACCACCGCCCAGUUUGCCACUCCCCAUGUACCCGGCAUGGGCGUGGGCAAGGGCGGCAGCCAGCGCAAGUGCUCCCUGCGCCGCAAGCCUUCGAUGGACAAGUCGAGGGCCACCAUCUCCCGCCAGAGCUCCAGUGCCUCGGUGCGAACCCAGAACCACGCCAUCAUGGAGGACCUCAGUCUGGUGGUCCCAGUGAGAUUGCGCAUCGCGGAGUACGAGCAGCGCAUCUCGAUGAGUGCGUAGGUCCAGAAACUAGGUUAAUUGUAAGUUCCAAAGGAUUGCCUUACUUUAGUUAUAAGUUAGCCUAAGCUUCUAAAGACAAUUCAAAUAUAAGAUAUAUGAAGCAGAAAUAAAGCGUCUUAUU